AUGGAGGAAGGAGCCUAGGGGAAGUAGGCUUUCCUUCCGACCCCGGCAGCCAACCGCCUUAUCUGUUCUUUGAAAAGGAUGUAGAUUUUGAAGCUCUUUGCAGCUAUUAGAACGUGCGGUCUUGUGGGCAAAGUAAUGCCUGUUUAACUGAGCUGUUGUUCCAUAUGAAGAAGUUAUUCAACAUCUAGGAGACAGUGGAUUUGAAUUUUAGUAGGCCAAUAUAGCAAAAACAGUUAAUUCAACUACUGUGGACACUCACCAGACUCAACCACGAUGAGGUGAUCAUACGGUCUGGGCUGCUUCAUCUUAGGGAGUCAACGUUUCUUCACGUUCUGUCUUCUUUGGCUAUUAUGGUUUGUAAUGUGCGCCUCUGGCUUAAUUACAGGGCCUCUGCACCAGCUCAGACCAUGUGGACUGCGAAUGAGAUUGCAAGGCUGUGUUAUGAGCACUAUGGGAUCAGGCUGCCCAAGCAGGGAAAGCCUGAGCCCAACCGCGAGUGGACUUUAUUAGCAGCCGUGGUGAAGAUCCAACGCACAGCUGACCGGGUCUGUGACUGCCCUGACAAACCACUGCAAGUAACGAGAGAAGUUGUCUCAAUGGGAACAGGAACAAAAUGCAUAGGCCAGUCCAAAAUGAGGAAGAACGGAGACAUCCUCAAUGACAGCCAUGCUGAGGUCAUAGCCAGAAGGAGUUUUCAAAGGUACCUUCUCCAUCAGCUCCACUUGGCGGCCGCCCUGGAGGAGGAUAGUAUCUUUGUCCCAGGGACUCAGAGAGGACUGUGGAAACUCAGACCAGACCUCUUGUUUGUGUUUUACUCCAGCCAUACUCCCUGUGGGGAUGCUUCCAUCAUCCCAAUGCUUGAGUUUGAAGAUCAGCCUUGCUGUCCUGUCAGUAGAGACUGGGCCAGUGACCCAUCAGAAGCCAGUGGUAACCUGGAAGCUCCUGAAAACAAAAGGAAAUAUGAAGACCUGGACAGUACUGUGACCAAAAAGAUGAGGUUUGAGCCCGGGGCUCCUGAUGGUAUGGCUCACCAUCAGAGCUUUGGCAGUCAGAGAAGCAGCCCAGUCCCACCACAUGUCAGCAGUUCCAAUCUCACUGCAGAGGAAUUGGCUGCUGUCACCAGAAAGGCCCCCAAUGGUGCCAAAGUGGUGGACGUCUACAGAACUGGAGCCAAGUGUGUGCCUGGAGAAGUCGGAGACUCCGGGAGGCCUGGGGCUGCAUAUCACCAGGUGGGGCUGCUCCGAGUGAAGCCAGGCCGGGGAGACAGGACUCGCUCCAUGUCCUGCAGUGAUAAGUUGGCGCGGUGGAAUGUCCUCGGAUGCCAAGGGGCACUGUUGAUGCACUUCCUGGAAGAGCCCAUCUACCUGUCAGCUGUGGUCAUUGGGCAGUGCCCGUACAGCCAGGAGGCCAUGCAGAGGGCGCUGACAGGGAGGUGUCAGGACGUCUCACCUUUACCCAAAGGCUUUGGAGUUCAAGAAGUGAAAAUACUGCAGUCAGAUUUACUAUUUGAACAGAGCCGCUGCGCAUUGCAGGCAAAAAGGGCUGACAGCCCAGGCCGACUUGUUCCUUGUGGGGCAGCCAUCAGCUGGAGCGCAGUUCCUGAGCAGCCAUUGGACGUCACUGCCAACGGCUUUCCACAGGGAACAACGAAGAAAGGAAUCGGACACCUUCAGGCCAGAUCUCGAAUCAGCAAAGUGGAACUCUUUAGAUCAUUCCAGAAGCUGCUAAGCAGUAUUUCAGAAGACAAAUGGCCAGACACACUCAGAUCUUGGCCAAAAAUGAAAGAGUAGAAGCAGGACAAAACUGAAUCAAUAAGACAUGAUUAUCAGUCUCCUCGAUUAUAAGAUGGCAAGGACAGGGCUAAAGGUCAGGGCAGAGACGCAAAGAUAGCUCAGAGGAGCCAGACCCAAGUUUGAUCAAAGGAAAGAAUCUUCAUCAGAAAAAAAUCUUUUAACUGGGAAUAAGUAUUAAAAUAUUGCUCAGCAUGUCAGCCAUUCUUCAGCAGUCCAAGACCAUGGAGGGAUUCAGAAAGGGGUGUUGGCUGGCACUACACAGGAGGAUAUGCAUAAUGGAAAGUGGUUUGGGAAUAUGCACCCAAGAAAUUUCUAAUGGCUAGAUCCUCAGGUGGAAGUUAUAGAUGCUGAGAAAACUGUAAACCAAACAGUAGACAGUUACUCUUGUUUUAUCUGAUUCCACCAGGACCAGACAAAAGUAGCAUUCUGUUUAUCCUUACCUGCUGUUAUCCAUGUUGCUGUCUAGUGAAUAUCCUACAAGGAGACCAAGUUGCUCUAAGAAAGCAGAGCAGAUUCCUCCCAUUCCUAAGUCUCCUGGUAUAAAUCUGUUCAGUUGAUCGCUCAGGUAUCUUGUUGGCCAUAGGGUUGAGCUGUCCGGUGAAAACCCAUGUGCCUGAUGGUGUGUGUAUGUUAGGCUGCAGAAGCUGGAGACAUACCAGGAGUACAAGGAGGCUGCAUCUGCUUACCAGGAGGCCUGGAACAUACUCCGGAAGCAGGCCUUUGGAUCCUGGAUCAGAAAUCCACCAGAAUAUCACCAGUUUAAAUGAGAAGGGAAGACUUGUGAAGAGCUUACUGUAGCGGAGUUUCCCAGCCAUUCAUACUGGACUGCUGCUUCCUUUGUGCUGGACAAAGCUUAGCUUUCCUUCCAGCUGAGUCAGGAAAAAAGUUCGCCAUCUACCAGAGAGACACAUCUCUUCUGUGUAAUAUGAACGGAAUUCUGGAACAUGGGACAUCUGUACUUAAAGAAGCUCUAUGCUAAAAUGGCAUCUUGCUGAUGACCUUGCUAUCUGUCCUAACUUGUGUUUUAUUGCUAUUCUAAAACAUGGAAUAAGAAUUUGGAAUAUGAUGCCUUAAAAGCACUCUGUAGUAGCUCCAUCUUGUGUGGGCCUAUGAUGAUUCAGCUAGUAUUUAUUGGGCUGAGAUGGUGUUUGAAUCCACAGGUUUCAGAGCUUCACCUGGCAGCAUGGACAUACCAUUUUAUAUGCCCAGGCUUUCUUCCUGUGGAGAGCUCCCCUUUCCUGCCCUAUCCAUGGGACUUGGAUAAAGCAAACCUUACUCCAUGGAAUGUGAACCAGCCCUGCAGCUAUUGGCAGAGGCAGCAGGAAAGAUCGUCUCUCCCUGUGUAUCAGGAGCUGACUCUUGGGACUGCCAGGGGCUGCCUUUGUCACCACAGAGACAGCCCGCUUGAGAAUGAAGGCAGGAAGGAAGGAAACCGCCAAGGGAAUCGGACCUCUAGCAACCUUGCUUGGAUUUCUGAAGCCUCUGGCCCACCCUGGACUUCAAUAUGUGAGAUAAGUUCGUAUUGGUGUUUCAAGCACGCCUGUUUGAGUAGGUUUUCUAUGACUUUCAACUGAAAGAGUUCUGUCCAAAAGUCGCUACAUCCUAACAGCAACAGACCUAACAACCAACCUGUUUUAACAGACAUCUAAUAUUUAACUGCCAACCUCUUCACACCUCAAAUUAUGGACUGAAAGUGGAAAUUCUCCAUGCUGGGAUUACUCAAGGUCCUUUUGGCUCUUGAGAAUUUUUGUAUAACUUUAAAUAUAUUUUAAUAGCAGUUUUAUUGAGAUAUGGGUCACAUAACCAUAAAAUAUACCCACUUAAAAUGUACGAUUUAGUGGUUUUUUAGUAUGUCAACAGAGUUGUGCAACCAUCACAGAUCAAUUUUAGAAUAUUUUUUGUUCUAAAUGGGGGGAACACUAUUCAACCCAGUAUGGUACCAUUAGCCCCCACUUGCAGUUCCCCUCAACCCUCCUGGUUCUAGGGCAACCAAAAAUCUACUUUCUGCCUCUAUGGAUUUGCCUAUUCUGAACAAUUCAUAUAAAUGGAAUAGGUGGUGUUCCUGGCUUCUUUCUGUGACUGGCUUCUUUCACUUAGCAUGUUUUUAAGAUUCUUGAUGUCAUAGCAUGAAUUAGUACUUUAUUCCUUUUAUGGAAUAAAAACAAAUCAAUUUAUGGAUGUAUUAUGUCUUGUUUAAUCAUCAGUUGAUGGACAUUUAGGUUGAUUUUUUGGCUACUGCAGAUAGUGCUACUCUGAACAUGUGUGUACAAGUUUGUGUGUGAACAUGCGUUCUUAAAUUGUUUUUGUUUACAGAAGUAAUACAUGUUUGUCCUAAAAAAUUAUUCUUGAAUUUUUUUCCAUCAGAAAUCCUUUUAGAUAGCAGGAAAGCAAGGAAGGCAAAAACACCACUACCCAAAGGCCAGGCUCUCCCGUAUGUUGCUUUGACCAGAGGGAGUCUUUUGUGUGACCCCAAAUCCCAUGUUUGUGCAGGAGCUUUUAUCUACAGAAGACUAUAGAUCUCUGUCUCAUGAUAUUCUAUUUUAAAGGAUACAGAUUCAUAUGAGACUGUAAGGGGGUAAUGUCUUUUUAUUCCUAAAUUUUAUGGCAAAUUUAUCAAAUUUGCACCAAAAAAAAAAAAAAGAAAAAUCCUAAAUUUAGAUUUCAGAACAGACUGGGAAAACCUGGAAGGCCAGAGAUGAGAGGCAGCCUCACCUUAAGCUUCUGCCUGUUCCCUUAAGAGCUAAACAUGGUGCUUAGACAUUCUACCUAAAUCUCUUAAAUUCUUAUAAUUUCACCUAUGCCUCAAAGUCACAUCUCUGAAAUAUUGGCAGGUUCUCAAAUUUCAUACAUUUAAUUAGAUCACGUGUUUUACUACAUUUUCUUCACCCAUAUUUGGCUAGUAACUCCUAAUUUUUAAACACAUUUUCUUUUAUUUUUUAACUUGUUGCAGAAAUUUUCAAAUAGACACAAAAAUAAAAUAGCACAGUGGACGCCCAUGAACCCAGACUUAACGACCAUCAGCUUUAUGCUGUUAUCCAAUCUAUUCCCCCUCCCUCCAAUUUCUUUUCCCUUGGAGCAUAUUCUAAAGCAAGUCCUAACCAGCAUAUGUCACCAAACAACAUUAAUAACUCCUUAAUGUCUAUUAUGCAGUCUGUGUUUGGGUUUCCCCUGUUGUCUCAACAAUGUCUUUGACUACUGAUUUGUUCCGUUAGGAUCCAAAGUCUACACAAUGCAUUUGAUUGGUUUGGCUUCGUCUCUCUUUUGUCUCACUGAAUCUGUAACAGCCCACCUGCCUUUUUUAUGUGUUUAACAAAUGGGUCAUUUGGCCGGUAGAAUACCCCAAUUCUGGAUUUUGCCGCUUAUUCCCUCCCACUGUUGAUAACAGGUUCCUCUAUCCCCCCCCCAUUUCCUACAACUUUUCAGCCACAUGAAGAGGCUUGAUUAGAUUUAGGUUCAAUUCCUUUGACUCAAAUACUUCUUGGGUGACUACAUAUACUUCUGUUGCAUAAUAUCAAGAGGAACAUAACAUCUGGUUCUCCUACUUUGAGUGACUGAGUGAUGGGUUCAUUGGUAUCAGCCCAAUCUAACCCAUUAUGAUUUUCACCAUUACCCUUUCACCUGGUGAUAAAAAGCUGGCUCAGACCAUCCUCAGGUUUGAUGAUUCACUGGACAGACUCAGAACUCAGAAAAUCUGUUAUUUUCAUAGUUAUAGUUUAUUACAGUGAAAAGAUGCAGUCAGCAAAGGAAAAGCCCAUGGGCAAAGUCCAGGAGAAAACAGGUGCAAGCUACUAGUUGUCCUUUCUGUUUUAACCAUGUGCCUCUAAUGCUUUGACAUCUGGGGCCUUGCUGACUUGGAGAGACUGCUCCCCACCCAGCGCUCGCCAGCUCCUGGAGUGAGUAAAAGGCUCUUCAGUCAGUGCACCUUUUAUACAUACACCAACCAGACCUGUACUCCCACCACUCUCUCGAUGGGGCUCUCACACCCUGGGCCACUAUCCGCCUGCCCGAAUCACCCCAGGGCCAAGAACCAGAAAAUUAGGGAUGGCCCCACGUGCCUCAGAGCCCACUGAAAUUAGUUAAACUAGCCAAUCCCAUGCCUGUCUACCCUGCCCCGCACCUUCACCCCACUUCAUAGUAAUGGCUCUUGCCCACGUGGCAUCCUUGCUUCCUCUGCCUCCUGACCAACCCUGGCUUCUCCAUGUGGCUCCUUGGGGCAUGGCACCCUCCCUCCUACAUUUUAAAACACUCUCCCAGUGGAGUCGGACACCCAGUACUUAAUUCCCCCAGCAUGAUGUGUGACAAUACUUGCAAAGCAUUGCCAGUCAGGGAAAC